AGAUAACCAUCAUCAAGGUGCCGGAAUACAGUUAGAUCGAUCUAACGGAUAGAGCUGACUGCUUGCAUAUGCGCUAGUACAAAUAGAGCGCCGCAGUGAAUCCGGCCCAAUUCACUUUCCCAUCGCGUGAAGAGGUUGCCGUUACCGACCAUGUCGCAGCAGCCGGCGCCGGCGCCGCCAUAUCGGCCGUAUAGGCAGGUGAGGGAGGCGACGCCCCAUAGCCGGGCGAUCUCCUGCGUGCGGUUCUCCCCCUGCGGGCGCCUCCUCGCGACAGCCUCCCUCGACGGAACGGUAGCGCUGCUCUCCCCGUCCUCACUGGCCGUAAUCGCCGUCCUGCGCGGCCACUCUGACGGCGUUUCCGACCUGUCCUGGUCCACGGAGUCGUUCUACCUCUGCUCCGCCUCCGACGACCGCACCAUCCGCAUCUGGGACAUCCGGCCCGUCCUCGCCGGUGGCGCCCAGGCAGCCGCCGUCUCCGGCGCAGACCGCUGCGUCCGCGUGCUCAAGGGGCACACCAACUUCGUGUUCAGCGCUAACUUCAACCCGCAGACCAGCUCGCAGAUCGCUUCCGGAGGAUUUGAUUGUACCGUGCGCAUAUGGGACGCCACGAGCGGCCGGUGCACCCGCGCCAUCGAAGCGCACUCUGAGCCCGUCACCUCCGUGCAUUUCAUUAGGGACGGAUCCAUCGUUGUAUCCGGAAGCCAUGACGGGAGCUGCAAGAUCUGGGACGCCAAGAGCGGGGCUUGCCUCAAGACGGUCAUCGAUGAAAAGAAGCCCGCGGUGUCCUUCUCCAUGUUCUCGCCCAAUGGCAAGUUUAUCCUCGUUGCCAUGCUCGAUAACUCACUGAAGCUAUGCAAUUUUGCCACCGGCAAGUUCUUGAAGGUAUACAGUGGACAUGUGAACAGACAAUACUGCAUACAGUCCGCGUUUUCUGUUACGAAUGGAAAGUACAUUGUCAGUGGAUCAGAAGACAACUGCGUGUACAUAUGGGACCUCCAAGGGAGAAAUGUCCUUCAGAAAUUAGAAGGCCAUACGGACACUGUCAUCUCGGUGUCCUGCCAUCCAACAGAGAACAAGAUUGCUUCUGGUGGCCUUCAUAAUGAUAGGACUGUAAGAUUAUGGGUUCAAGAUAGCUGAUCAACUUGUAGGUGUCUGCUUCCCAUGGAGAUGGACUGUAAGACUACGCUCAGACCAGACCUAAACAGCACUUGCUAUGGAUAUGGAUCGCUAUUCUAGAUACGUUUACAACUUACACGCAAAAAAGACAUUAACCAUGCGAGCUUUGUUUUAUUUUGAUGUGUUAUCCUAAGUUGUGAAUGCCGAAUAAAUCAACAUCUCGUCAUCUCUAAUAAUGUUGUGAUAUGUUAUGCCUAACGGCUGUAUUCCAAUCAAUAUUGAUUUAUUUUGC